GGCGAGAGGAAGCACUACCUGCCGCUGUGGAACAAUGAGGAUCCCUACGGAGACGUGUGGGUCGCGGAAAAGCCCCGGAUGCAGGUGGACGUCGACGUCUCCAAGCUGACAUCUCUUGGUCAGCUGGAAAUGACCUGGAGAAGCAGACUUCACUUCCAUCCACUUCUUGUGAGAGUCCUGCACAAGUCUAGACUAAGGUACUACGGGAAACCAGAGAAAAAAAUGGAUAUGCCCUAUCAGGCGUACUUUGAGGUUGCUGAUGGUUCAGGCAUGAUGUCAAUGGUUUUGUGGAAUUCAUUAUGUCCUGAAUGGUAUAACAGUAUAAAGGUUGGCACAGUACUACUUCUUGAACAGUACGCUAUCAAAACCAGUUACCCAUUUAAAACACAGCCAACCCCAGGGGAUUCACAGAUGAAGAGAUUUGCUACAAUUGAAAUCAGCCUUAAUGUCCGAGACCCUCCCACUAAAAUAAGUAUUAUUGCAGAAGAAAUGGUUAAGCCAGAGUGGGGAUUACCUGAAGUUAAAUACCGAUUUAUCACAAGAUCAGAACUGGAUGACUUACCAAACAAUCAUUGCUGUGAUGUCAUUGGUCUUGUGACAUUUGUAGGAAGGGCUGAACGAGCACGAAAGAGAGAACGUGGUGAAGACUUCUGGCUCUAUCGCUGGGCACAUGCCAUUGAUGGGACCUCAGACCAACCUUUCAUACUGGAAUUAUUUGCAACUUCUCAGCCAGAUGUGUUUGAGCGUAUUCACCCAAUGACGUACUUGGUGUGUACACAGAUGAGAGUGGUACGGGACAUCACUGAGAAUUCUUCCAGCACAAUUUACCUUACAACUUCAAAUGAAAGUCAAAUAUUCAUUACAGGGUGGCACAAGGGCCAGCCAUACACCAAGGAUGCCAAAGUGAAAAACUUCAUUCAGUGGACUAAAACACAAAGAGAAGCUGAUCAAAUCAAGAAAACUGUCAUUGGUGGCUAUUACCCUUUUCCGCGACCUCCAGAUAACUUUUUGAAAUAUUGUAAAAACAAUAAAGUUGAAUCGGUUUUGAAAACCGUAAGUGAGACAGAGAAGGAGAUUGAAGACUUGCACUACAGAGAACACAAGCGCAUUGCUGUUCAGGGAAUAAUUAGUGUCAUAAGGUACAUUCGCAGUAGCAAUGCCGCCGAAAAAGACUCAGGGGUGGAACUUGUUCAGAAAGAUACAUCUCAGUCUCUUGAAAGUUCUGCUAUGGCCAAAGAAGACUGUGUUCACAAGGGAAAAAACACCAACCUUCAAAAUAAAGAAGUGAAGUCUUCUCUGGGGCUGCAUUGCACACCUGGGGAACAACAUCAGCACCAAGAUCCACUGUCAAAAAGGAACUCUUUCAAGAGGAUACCAUGGAGAUUAAACACAAAACAGGGAAGUGCAUCUGUUAUUCCUCCAUCAUCUUACCAUUAUUUCACACGGUCUACAAGAAGAAAAUUUGGCUUGGAUGAAUUUGAACGUGAAGAUUUUAUGCAAGAUAAACGUGAACAGGCUGUAUCAGACAGUUUACAGAACUGCACAGACCAAGAAGGAAUGAUUGAUAUAUCUGAAACUGAAGAGACCGGAAGAACUUAUGAUUCAUGGCACAGUGACCUGUGGACACAAGUGAAAGACAAGUUAAUGAAAUAUUUGCAUCACAGCACAAUUUUCCCAGAAAGCGUCCCACGUAAAUUUGAUUAUGUGCACAAAGACUUACUGAUGCAACAGUACAACCUUCAUGCAGCAGUGCACCAGCCAAAAGAAACCAGAACAGAUAAAAGUAUCAAUGAGUUUAAAAGUGCUAGUGGCCUUGGCUAUUAUGAAGUGACAGUUCUGGGUAUAAACCACGAUGUAGCAAUAGAUGUCGCAUUUCUUCCACUGUUUUGUCCUGAAGAUCCCCACUUAUUCCAACUAGAAGACAUUCAAAAUGAUACAUUAUUGUCUUGUAUGAGUUGCAUCUCUUCGUGUCAGCAGGAGACCACUAGCAGUGGAAGGCUUUGUGACAUGUUUCCACUGUCAGAUGAAAUUGUAAAAGCAGCGAUGGAUCUAGAUGGCAAGCAUGUUGUCUGCAUCUUGGACAUCUGUCACUUGGGUGAUGAUAAGGUGGAAGUCUUUCUGAGCAAAAUCUACACGACAGUGGAGCCUGGUUUGCUGGAUCCAGUUGCUCAGGGCCUUGUGGCCAUUCCGACAUCUGCUAAUCUUCAAGCCUGCAAUGCAGAUACCCGGUUCACCAUCACAAAACCACCGUGGAUAGCACUGAUUGAAAGAGGCGGUUGCAGUUUUGCUGAAAAAAUUGACGUGGCAGCCAGAAGGGGUGCGACUGCGGCUGUGAUCUACAAUGCGUGGGACAUGGGCAAGGGCACCGUCCUCAUGUCGCAUACUG